UCCCUGUGUAAAUCUAUGCCAUUUCCAUUUGGCUCUUGUUCUCAGUCCUCACUCACAGUGCUACGGUGAGCCCAUCCAAGUAAAGAACUCCACCAGGACCAAGCUGACCAUAUACACUUUUUUCAUCCCUAGAGCAUACGCUAUCGCGAGUCAUCGUAGCCCGGUUGCGUUUUAUCUCAACAGAAGCAGAGCAUAGAAGAGCAGGAAACCUGUGAGUCACCAUGCAAAAGAGCAUGAAGGUGAAGAUCACAUUUGUAAUCAUCCUGGUAGGCAUAGCGUGCAUGUUCACGGCCGUGGUGUCGGAUCACUGGGCUGUGUUAAGCCACCAGGUGGAGAGGGUAAACACUACUUGUGAGGCAGCCCAUUUCGGAUUGUGGAGGCUCUGCAAGAAGAAUAUUUACAUCGAGGAUCCGGAGGCCGUGGGGACAGGAUGUGGACCGCUCAGCCUGCCGGGAGAGAUCAACUGCUCCUACUUCAGACACUUCACUCCUGGAGAAAACUCUGAGAUAUUUGAGGUUAAAACACAGAGAGAAUACAACAUCUCAGCAGCAGCCAUUGCUGUUUUCAGCCUGGCCUUCAUUAUUCUGGGAACGCUGUGCUUUCUGGGAUCUCUAAGGAAAGGCAAGGACUAUCUCCACAAACCUGCUGGAAUGUUUUACGCAUUUGCUGGUAUAUGUGCCAUCAUUUCUGUGGAGGUGAUGAGGCAGUCAGUAAAGAGGAUGAUUGAGAGUGAGGACACCAUCUGGAUUGAAUACUACUACUCCUGGUCCUUCGCUUGCGCCUGCAUGGCUUUCGUCUUCCUUUUCUUCAGCGGGAUUGCACUUCUUAUCCUCUCCAUGCCCCAAAUGCCUAAGAACCCAUGGGAGACCUGCAUGGACGCUGAGCCUGAACAGAUUGAAUGAAUCCGGUCCAUGUUAAAGCGUCAUUGUUCGAAUUGUUCAAUACAAUUGCUGCAUGGAAACACGGGGCUCAAA